GUUAUACCUGCCGGAUCUCAAAUUCUAAUCAUCAUAGGAGACCGCGGCGAAGAAGUAGCGAAACCAUCAUCUGGAAAGGAAAAGGAAUAAAGUCUGCGUCUCAGUGAUCGCCAUAAGAACACGGCCAUUGACGGAGAUUGUCGUCGCCUAAGUCAUCUGCCGACGGUUGAGAAGCGAGAGGGAAAGAGGCGCUUGAACGGAAUCAGUAAGGCCACCCUCUCCUCGUUCCCCUUCUGUAGCGUGAAGAGAGAAAGAAAGCGGCAAACUAAUCUUUCUUACCCAGUUUCUUUCUCGAACCGACAAAGCGAACCCUAGGAAGUUCGUUGUGGUCUCUACUGAAGGCCAAAGUUUUUUGAGUGUAACUAACUUAUUGCUCUGUGAAUCUGCAUCUUUCAUGGCAUUCCCAACAGAGGCUGGUUUGCAGCUACUACUUUAUCCUCUCAAUUCCAACAUUGUUGUCAGAACAGCAUGCUGCUCUGUAGGGAUUGCUUUGCCUGUUUAUUCGACAUUCAAGGCAAUUGAGAGGAAAGAUCGAGAUGAGCAAAAGAAAUUGCUUGUUUACUGGGCAGCUUUCGGAGCUUUCAGUGUUGCAGAGGCAUUUACUGAUAAGAUCCUUUCUUGGGUUCCGAUGUACUAUCAUGUGAAGUUUGCCUUUCUCGUCUGGCUGCAGCUUCCAUCUUUCAACGGAGCUGGGCAACUUUAUUCAAACCAUCUGCGUCCUUUCCUACUCAGGCAUCAAGAUAGGCUUGAUCACCUUACCGAGGUGGUUAAUGGCAUGAUGAAAAAUAAUUUCGAGAUUCAUCUGAUUACUUACCCCUUUCAUCGAUUUUGUUGCAAGGCUAAAUUCAUUAUUGCCCAUGAGGGAGAGUUCCAGCUUGCAAAGCUGAUUUUCUUGAAGACUCUUGCAUCAGUCCGACAAACCAUUCAUCCAGCAGAUAGCCCGGCAAAUGGUGCUUUUCAAGGUCAGAGCAGACAAAUUAAAGAUUCGCAAUCACUUGAAGAUGAAGAAGAAGAAGAGGAUGAUGAUGUGUGAUGCUUUUUUUCUUAAACUUGACUGUGCAAAAUAGGAACGUUUCAGAAGAACUGGUAACUUUUAGGGUCUAUUUUCUAUAUUUAAAUUUCCAUUAUGUUUAUUUUAAAUUAUAUGCUAUUACUAGCUUGCCUGCUUCCUGAAAGAAGAGGCUGGUGCUGUACAUUGUACAAUGCUGUUCUAGUCUGCCUGGCGUUUUGUAUAGAAGCUGAACAUAUUAGAAAUAAUGGAAAAAAUUACAGUCUCCAUUUCUUCAUCCUCUCAUUUGUUAAGAUGGAUUAACAUUUCAAUGUGUAAAAGUUCUCAAUUUAUAAUGAGUGUUUAUGGAACAAUAAUACGGUUGAACUGCUC